AUGUCGACCUCCGCACGCCGUCGUCUCAUGCGUGACUUUAAGCGCAUGCAAACCGACCCUCCAGCAGGCGUCUCAGCCUCCCCGGUCGCCGAUAAUGUGAUGACCUGGAACGCCGUUAUCAUCGGCCCCGCUGAUACUCCGUUUGAGGAUGGUACAUUCCGGCUUGUCAUGCAUUUUGAAGAACAGUAUCCAAACAAGCCCCCAGGCGUCAAAUUCAUCAGUCAGAUGUUCCACCCGAACGUUUAUGGCACAGGAGAGCUCUGUCUCGAUAUCUUACAAAACCGUUGGAGCCCAACUUACGACGUGGCGGCGAUUCUCACUAGUAUUCAGAGUCUACUCAAUGACCCGAAUACAUCAUCGCCGGCAAACGUGGAAGCCUCGAACCUUUACAAAGACAACCGCAAGGAGUACAUCAAACGUGUACGUGAGACCGUGGAGAAGAGCUGGGAUGAGUAG